CAUAGCCCAAACAAUCUGGUCUGGCAGUGGCGCUGCAAUACUGCAACAGGUGAAUCUGGUGUACGCUAUUUCCGUGGGUUGAACGUAUGCUCUUAAGUUUCCCGACGUCGAGGAUCGAAGGUGAAAAAAAAUAACCAGGAAACUCAGUGUCAGUGACAUGGUGCGCUUCCGAUAACUUUAAACCGUCCGGGUGUAUUUCAGUUCUAGGCAUGCCGGUCUGGAGGAUGUCCCACCAACUGUUUUCUGAAUGGACUAGCAAUUCAUGUACCCUGGAUAUCUUACCUGGAAUUUAAUUUACGAAUAUGUGAGAAGAUCAAGCUGAUGAACGCAGUGGUAUAGCCGCUUGUAUCUUAGUCAGUUUUAUUCUGUUCUAUAAACUAAACUGUUGGACGAUUUUCGCCAUGACCGCGAAAGAAAGAUGCAUGGAAUGUUUUCAAACUGUGUUCGGACCAUGUCUAAACGGACGAUUGUUCAAGAGCAAUGGACAUGGGAAGGAAAAUGCUGAUAAAGAUGUGGUAAUUUCAAAUCCGGUGGUUGUGGACAUUUCCCUACGCCAACAGCCACCCGUACCUCAAGAACAGCCAGGAUAUGUCUAUUUAGCUCUCUACGACUACACUGCCCGAACCGAGGACGACAUAAGUUUUAAUGCUGGGGAUAAACUGGAAGCAUUGGAUAAAAGCUCUGGCGAAUGGUGGUAUGCGAGGGCUCUCACCGGUGUCUCGGCAAACAAGAAGGGUUACAUUCCUGCAAACUAUGUGGCUGCAGUUGAAAGUCUUGACGCAGAACCAUGGUUCUUUGCAGACACAAAACGGGUGGAUGCAGAGAAACUGCUUCAGGCAGAAGGCAAUGAACAUGGAGCCUUCCUUAUCAGACACUGUGAGAGCCAGAGAGGAGAGUAUUCUCUUUCAGUCCUGGAUAAAGGAAAAGUGAAGCACUACAAAAUUCGAACAACAGACGCUGGAGACUACUUUGUGUCUCGAAACCGUAACUUUGUCACUCUGAGGCAGCUAGUGGAGCACUACUCAAAGCAAGAAGAUGGCCUGUGUGUGCGUCUCAUACAAUCAUGUAAAAAGCUGGAGGCUCCUCAGACCCACGGUCUGUCCUACAACACGGCGGACCAGUGGGAGAUCGACCGCUCCUCGGUGCACCUCUUACGCAAACUGGGCGCCGGGCAGUUUGGGGAAGUGCACGAGGGAGUCUGGAAUGACACCACACCAGUUGCCGUCAAGACUCUUAAACAAGGUACCAUGGAGCCUAAGGAUUUCCUGGGCGAGGCUCAGAUCAUGAAGAAGCUGCGCCACCCCAAGCUGAUCCAGCUGUAUGCGGUUUGCACUAUGGAGGAGCCUAUCUACAUCAUCACUGAGCUGAUGAAGAACGGGAGCCUGUUGGAAUACCUGCAGAAGGAUGGUGGUAAAAAACUGCGGAUUUCUGAUCAGAUUGAGAUGGCAGCUCAAGUGGCUGCAGGAAUGGCCUACCUUGAACUCCAGAAUUACAUCCACAGAGACCUGGCCGCCCGAAACGUUCUCGUUGGGGAGAAUAACAUUUGCAAAGUGGCCGACUUUGGCCUGGCACGAGUCUUCAUGGAUGAGAAUGUAUAUGAAGCCAAGGAGGGCACUAAGUUCCCUGUGAAAUGGACUGCACCUGAAGCCAUCCAUGACAACAAGUUCACUAUCAAGUCUGACGUGUGGUCUUUUGGCAUCUUGCUGUAUGAAAUUAUGACCUUUGGUCAAAUGCCAUAUCCAACAAUGACCAACUACCAGGUGGUUCAGAAACUGCCGACUGGCUACCGCAUGUCCUGCCCACCGCACUGCCCCAAAGUCAUGUACGAGAUCAUGGAAGAGUGCUGGAAGGACCAGCCUGCUGACAGGCCCACCUUUGAGACCCUUCAGUGGAAGCUAGAAGAUUUCUUUGACAUAGACAUGACGUCAUAUGACGACGCCAGCCAUUACUAGAAAGGGUUUCUAAUAAUCCUGCAGUCUUUUGUUAUAGUUUUGUAACACUUGAAGAAGCCAAAUGUGACCACUUCCAGUUAGAUGUUUAAGGUGGGAUACCAAGGAGAAAGAGAAAAAACACUACAAUGAAAUAGUAAUAUGAAGUAAUAUGGUAUUAGAAUGAAUGAUUGCUUCAUCUAAAAAAGCCCAAUCAUGAUCUUCCGCAGAUGUUAUGUUGGACCACGACACAAAAUGGCAUUGAUGGCCUAGAAGCAUCUGCUGUAGUGUCGUGUCAGGAGGAAUUGAGAGAAGACACAUUCUCCAAAUAGUUAUUGUUUGUCAACUGAAAGCACUUUUUUAUAGCUCUGCCAGUGUACAGUACUAUAUGCCAUUUGUAUUAAGAAGCACAUUGACUUUGUCUGUGACCUUCUUUAGGCUAGGUAAGUGGCUAUGACACAUUCUUUAUGGUCAUUAAGUGGUUAAAUGGUACGAUUGCUGCCUAACAUGAUAAACCUGUGCAGCAUGUUGUGCUGAAGUGGUGACGCAUUAGGACAAACAUGUCAUGACUCAUCAAAAAGAGUUAUUGUUGUUGCCUUUGUCAGAUUCUACCACCUCUUUGGAACAGCCUUUCUUUAAACCCUUUAAAUCUAUUUUCAGAAAAACGGACAGGAGCCAUUAUGUAAAUUUGUAUGACGAGUUAAUUCACAUACUGUCUACUCAAGAGCCAGUCAGUCACAAGCAAAGGCUUUAUUACAUAAGAGAAACUGUGCAGUUUAAAGUUAAUCAUAACAACAUGGUUUGACAACUUAUAUUUAACAAGACCAUGUACAUUACAAACCUAGUUUUUAUCUUUUCAUGCUCGUUUUAUCCUCUCGUAGUUACACAGUUCAGUGAUUUUGAGUUGAUUUACUUUUCAAUGAAAGACUGAUAUGCCUGACUGUGUACAUUGAACAAGCUCCACAUACAGUUCCACAACAUCUAAUAAAUAUGUAGAUUUAAUUGCAUGGGUUACUUGUAAUGUAUUUGUUUGGCGACACAUGAUUGACUUGACUUAAACUGUAGCAUCUUUUGUGACCUGUGUUUUAGUUGUCCCGUGAAUGUUUGUCCUUUUAAAUGAUAACAUGUUUUUAUUAAUUCAAAAUAUGUCUCUAUUAAAAAUAAACUAUAUUAAUACAA